CUUUGAUUGAUAAACCUCAUCCACAAAGAGAUAUCGCCUCCUCACUUCCGCCCAAUUUUUCGUCAUUGCCCCUCCAACAAUCAACGAGAAGCCCGACAAACUUGUGUAAGGGAGUGUGUGUUGUGAUGUGUGUGACGGAAUGGCUGGACACGCUGCACUCACUUUCUCACGCCAAACUCAUCAUCCUCCGCUCCUUCCUCUGCAACAGAAGAGUCACAUCCAACAAGGAAGGCACGGAUGUCACUCAACAUUUGCCCCAUCUCUUCCUUCCUCGACAAUCAAUUCUAAUCCCCCCGCCAAGAUCCCCGUUAGUAGGUUUUCUAUGCCCACAGAUCAUCUCUUCAUCUUCCCCGUGAUAUUCGCACAUUCGUCAUGGUUGCUUUUGCCUCCAUUUGACCAGGUGGGUUUCGGAUCAAGACAGAUAAAGUCGCUCACGUUUGCCCAGUCCCAAGCAAUACUAUAUUUGUACCCCCUUCGCGACUCUUGCUUGUGAACUCUGUCUCCUUUCUUCCCAUAGCCAUACUUACAGUCACAUCUUGAUCAUCUUUGUCUCCAUACACAUCCUCAACCUCACUCCGCGUCCAUCAUGGCGACCAAUACACAACACAAUGCGGUUCACAACUCCGCCAACCAAGCUGCCGCCAAUGGCUUUAGUAAUGGCAACUCCAACACUAAUGGAGCGUCCUCUCACGACUUUGAGAGUGCCACUCGCAACAUGACCCAUGAGGAGAAAGCCACCGCAGCACACGCCGCUCGCUUUGGAUACGGUCCACUCGCUCACAUCAAGACAGAUACGUUUGAUGGAGCAGCUUUACAGGCUUUCGGAGGUGAAUUCCAACCCGGUCUUUACAAGGGAGUCAAGGAUCGCAGAUUCGCCAAUCCCGCCCCUCUCGGUCUUUCUGCCUUUGCCUUGACCACGUUCGUCCUGAGUUUGAUCAACUUGGGUACUCGUGGUCUCGAACAAAACAAUAUCAUCAUCUCUCUGGCUUUUGGCUACGGAGGUCUUGUUCAGCUUCUCGCUGGCAUGUGGGAGAUGGCAGUUGGUAACACUUUUGGUGCGACGGCUUUGUCCUCCUACGGUGGAUUCUGGAUUUCCUUUGCCAUCUUGCUCACCCCAGGCGGAUUCGAAAUCGAAGCCAACAUCGAAGCCGCCGGCGGAUCCAAGGCAUUGACUGACUCGGUCGGAUUCUACCUCAUCGGUUGGUUCAUCUUCACCACCAUUCUUCUCUUCUGCACCCUCAAGUCAACCGUGGCAUUCUUCUUCCUCUUCUUCACACUCGACCUAGCCUUCCUCCUCUUGGGCGUUGGAUAUCUUAACCCUAACGCCGAAGGCGCUCCCAACACCGGCUGUAUUCGAGCUGGCGGUGCCUUUGGCAUCCUCGCAGCCUUCGCAGCAUGGUACAACGCACUGGCCGGUAUCGCCGAUACUUCGAACAGUUUCUUCAUCAUUCCUGUGGCUCACUUUCCCUGGUCGGCCAAGGUCCGAGAAGACCGUAUGGCGACAAAGAAUGAGCAUUCGGCCUAAACUUAGCUCUCGAAAGGUCUUGACUUGCCAGAUGCAGCUAUUCAGCUUUGUAUUAUGAUGCAGUUUCCAAUUUCAGCUACUUCUUGCCUCUUGCGUAGCUAUGGGUCACAAGGGAAUAUCACGGAUGGUGAACGUUUUUGUCAAUGGUUACUUUCAUGGGAAUUAAUGACAAUGGUACGGACAUGGGUAUUGGCACUGGCCAUGUGCAACCUUUGUUUACCCAGGUAAUUGGCGGUGCUAGCGACGACAUCAGCAACAAGGAUGACGACACUGACGACGAACAAUGACGCACAAACACACACACACCAGUUUCAAACGACUCGAGCUGCUCAUCCAUAGAUUCCCCUCUCUUGAUGGGGGAAUUCUCAAGACCAGACCACCAGACCAGACCAAACUACGGAGUACACGUUUCGGUCUGCUCGAUUCAGCUCCGGAUGGGUCGGAACCUGGAGAACGGGGAUGGAGAAGUUUAAACAAUCCCCAAACCAAUAAGGUACACACCUGUAGCUCAAUUGCCACCUCCAGAAUGAUCAUGGCGAUCAGUUGGAAACCGAGCACCCACGCACAUUACUAAUUUGCCAUUCGGCGACUUCUUUUUCGCCCUCGUAGUAAAAACUCCUUACUUAGUUCCAUUGUGAUUUUGUUGUGCACAACCCCGUCAUGUCAACAUCCAGUAGGGACGGGGCAUACGGAGUAGGAAGGUGUCCACACACCGUGUAUAUUGCAUUACCUUGUUGACAACAAGGAUUCUAUUCUCGUAUCUCAAAGCAGAUGUUCUUCCUGCUUGCUUGCCUUUCCCUCCCUCUCCCUCUCAUAAGACAGCAAAAGCACUCACAUAGCUAACACUACUAUCUCUAUAUGACUCCGC